AUCUGUUCAUCCGUUCAGUUCAUCGAAUUAAUUCCAAAGUAGCCAGCUUCGAAAUGUCAAAACAACGUGUAAUAUAGAUUUUUUUUUGUAUAUUGUAUACGAAUUGGCUGCAUUUAUCCAUAAAAAAUCCGCGCCUAAUACAAAGAGAUCAUGCGUUCUACCGUGAACCACAAGUUCUCACCGUUUUCGAGUCCAUAGUGCAGUGAAACGACAUUACACGCCUUACAUAUCGCGUUUAGAAGUGGGAGGCCCAUUACAAAUUCGAUUAGAACGUACUACGAAAUCGUGAACAAUCAUCGACUUUGGCUGAAUCGCGCCUCUCUUAUAAGCCAAGCAAAGCAAGAAAAUGCCGCCGCAGUGGACAUAGUGGGAAUUGGAAUUACCGUUGUUGUCAAGGAUCUCGAAUGAAAUGGAUGACGACGGGACGGACGAGUUGUUGUUGCUGCGAGCGCGGGAGGAGCGGGAAAAGAUUUUUCAACGUUACGAUCGGGGUACAGAUCCCUCAAACGACGUUGAUCCCUGGGAGAAUCCUAGCUUCGAAGUGUACCAUUAUACAGACAAAUAUGGUUUCAUUCAGGAUCAACGCUUGCCAAUUAAACACGACCCACACGAAUCACGACGAUUGGAACUUGAAGUUGAACGUGAGAAGAAGUGGCUCAAAAUGCUAGAACGUUGGGAUCGUUCCCAAGAUAAGCUUCGAAAGCGAGUCUUCAAAGGCAUUCCGAACAAGCUACGCUCUGCAGCAUGGCUUAAAUUAUUGAACAUUCCUGAAACGAAAAAGAAAAACGCAGGUGUUUACGGGAGAAUGUUAACACUGGCACGAAAAUAUUGCACCGAAACACGUCAAAUAGAUUCUGACGUUAAUCGACAGUUUCGCGAGAACUUGGCAUUCCGUGAACGAUACAGUAUUAAACAAAGAAGUCUUUUCAAUGUUUUGACCGCCUAUAGUAUGUACAAUAUGGAAUUGGGAUAUUGUCAAGGUAUGUCAGGGCUUGUAGCAGUAUUACUACUAUACAUGGACGAAGAGGAUGCGUUCUGGGGACUAAAUACCCUGAUGUCCGACCGAAAAUAUGCAAUGCAUGGACUGUUCAUAGAAGGAUUCCCGAAAUUGACUCGUUUCCUUCAGCACCAUGAUUAUCUAGUGGCCAAAAUCAUGCCAAGGUUACACAAACACUUUGCAAAGCACAACCUGGAUUCUAUACUGUAUUCACUUAAAUGGUUCUUUGUGAUUUUUAUUGAGCGAAUUCCCUAUAAACUGUGCCUUCGCAUUUGGGACAUUUACCUUCUUGAUGGCGAACGUGUUGUCACAGCCAUGGCAUUUGUUAUUUUAAGGUUACACAAGAAUCGUUUACUAAAAUUAAAAGAUAUGGAUGCAAUCAUCGAAUUUCUUCAAGUAAAACUUCACAAAGAUUUCGGUUACGAUGAUGAUUAUGUGAUACGUGCCCUUGAGCACACAAUGCAAGAAUUGAAAAGAUUAAAGUUAGACUUGCCACCACCACCUCAACCCAAUGAAUUCCCUCAGCGGCAAUUAGGUGAAUUCAUUGAACCGGAUUUCGAGAAGAAAAUUGGUCACCGCAAAUCUGUUUUCACUGAAAAUGAACGAGAAGUUCUAACUAAUGUAAUUUUAAGGCAAGAGAUAAUAGGUCAAACCGAUGUCGAGUCGACCAACUCAUAUGAAAAUUCAGAGAGUGUAACCGGCGAUGCAAUAUCUAUGAGAACUUACCAAAGUUUCAAUAGCUUAGCGACGUCUCUUGCCCUAAGCACGGACACAUUAGACAGUUACAACGAGAAUAAACUGGAUUCAGGGAGUGAUACGGAAGUGGAAGUGGAAAAUACUCGCCUUUAGACAUAAGCAUAUAAUUUAAUAGAUUUAGCAACAAUUUUCACAAAUUUGGUCCCGAGUACAGAGGUGCAGAGUGAUUUGAUGUGAGAUAGUGAUAGAUCUUCUGCGGAAGGGAAGACUGAAGUGAACAUUUCAGAUUGAAAGGAUUGGAAAAAAAAUAGAAAAGAAAAAGCGAAUUUAAAAGGAAAUCUUCGCAGUUUGUUGAAACAAGGGAAGCGUGUUGUAACUGAACACAAAACCAGUUAAAAGAUAUUACAGAAUUUUCUGAUGAAAGAAAUGGAAAAAAAACUUGAAUAGUUUCCUAAAAAAGCCAAAAAUUGUUGUAAAUGGCGCAUUGGUGAUUUCUUAAUAUUGUUUUGUUUUUUAGCCAAAUAUCCGCAAUUUUAAAAUUUUAUACAAAUUGAAAUCUCUCAAGCAUGUGAAGGCAAUAUUUAUACACGUAGUACUUUGAUAAGUAUCAACGAAAUAAUACCCUUAAUCUACUAUUUAUAUUACGCUACAUUUAAAUUUACACACAUGUUUUUUUAUUAGAAUAAAUAAACAUUUCAAUAUAA